ACUCGGUUCAUUUAUCUCUUACAAAAUGACCUGAUUUAAGGGAUUUAAACACUUCUCACCUAUUUCGUUUCCAGGUGCUCAACUCCACCUUUCUCAUCGUUCAACAGCCACAUUUCUGAGCUGAACAACCCUGAGCAAAUAAAAAAAAAAAAAUAAAAUGCUGCAGAGUCGUAUCUCGGAAGCAUCUGCAGCAAGAAAGAUGCUUCAGGACUCGUGCAAUGGAUUCUGAAGGUCACCAGUGCACUUCCACAGAUAGACCAUGACACUGCUUCCAGUGGGUGCCACGUACAGGAGGCCCUUAAAGUGGGUUUUUGUGUUUCUCCUGGUGUUUUCCAUGGUAACAAUAUUGUACAUAACCUCUCCUUCCAACACUGUGCUUGAGAAGGUGAACCUGAUGUAUUUCUACGAGUAUGAACCCGUUUACAAGCAGAACUACCUGUUCACGCUGCGGGAGCGCUGGAAGUGCCGGGACAUCCACCCAUUCCUGGUCAUCCUGGUGUCUUCCCGCCCGAAGGAGGUGAAGGCCAGGCAGGCCAUCAGGAUAACGUGGGGCUCUCGGAGCUCCUGGUGGGGCCACCGAGUCCUGACCCUGUUCUUGCUGGGGCAGGACACCCAGAGGGGAGACAACGCUGCAGAGCUGUCGGUGGAGGACGAGAGCAUCCUCUAUGGAGACAUCAUCCGGCAGGAUUUCCUGGACACCUACGACAACCUCACCCUGAAGACCAUCAUGGGGUUCCAAUGGGUCUCCGAGUUCUGCCCCAGCACCAGGUUCCUCAUGAAGACUGACAGUGAUGUCUUCAUCAACACCCCCAACCUGGUGAAGUUCCUGCUGCAGCAGAAUUCCUCGGAGAACCUUUUCACUGGUUACCCCCUCAUCAACAACUUUGCCUACAGGGGCUCUCACAAAACCAGAUCCAUCUCCUACCAGGAAUAUCCCUUCAGGCUGUACCCUCCCUACUGUGGUGGGAUGGGCUAUGUCCUGGAUGGAAAGCUGGCCCUGAGGAUUUAUGAGCUGAUGAGCCACGUCAAACCCGUGAAAUUUGAGGAUGUUUAUGUUGGAAUUUGCUUAAAUAUUCUUAAAGUCAACGUCAGUGUUCCAGAAGAUGCGGAACAGUUCUUCCUGUAUAAAGUUAAUUUUGAUGUCUGUAAGUACAGGCACCUGAUUGCAGUUCAUGGCCUUGCACCGAGUGAACUCAUCCAGUUUUGGCAGGAUUUGUCAUCCAGCAGUUCCGUGACUUGCCUUUGAUUCUGGAUUAACAAAAAAACUUAAAACCCUGUUUGGUGUAAAAACAUUUAAAGGGCAGGGAAAUGCAAACCAAAAGCAGUUCUAGAGAUGCCUUUGACAACACUGCAGUGGCAGCAUUUCCCUGGAACACCCCAGUAGUCUUAAAUAAAAAUACCAGGAAUUCACAAAGCACUUUUCCACGUGGGUAUCCCACACACUCAGGGUACUUUGGAAUGCUCAGGGUACUUUGGAAUGCUCUGUCCCAUCUGCCUCUGACACCUCCCCAUGUGGUCAGCUACAGGGAUUUCUGCCUGAAUCUUCUGGAAUGGAUGAAAAGGAAUAACGUUUAUGGCAAGAAACCAGCUUUGAGGACUCUUCCCAAAUUCCUGCCUGGACUGUUUUUAUGGUUUUAUAGCCACUCUCCAUUAUUUGUUCUCUGCCCAGCGUGAAGCAAAACAACCUUCUUUCUGUGUCUCACCUCUGUGACCCUUCUGAGAGUGUCACACCUGGGUAUUUAAAUGUAUCACCUCUGUAAGGCUUCCAAGAACAUUCCAAGCCUGUGGGAUCUGCAGGAGCUGAUGGGAAAUUCUGGGAAAGUGGGGCACUUUUUGUGUGUGUCUCUACAGACAUAAAAUAGAAUGGCUUUGGUGUCUUUGACAGUGUUCCCAGACUCCUGGAGGGCAGGUGGAGUUCACUGGUUAUGAGACAUCCCAAAAACACUGGGGUAAUCAACCCCCAUAUAUAAACAUCUCUCUGUGUGUACUGAUGCAUCCCAGGAGCUUUGGAAACCACAGGGAAGAUGAAAGCAGAAUAAUUUCUCCUGUGAUUUAUGUCUGCUUUUCUCAAUUAGUUUCCUUCCCCCACAUUUUAAAACGUGAAAAAGGAAGAACCCCCCG